AUGUCCAACACUGUGGAUCAGAUGAACGUCGUGCGCCCAUAUAAAUCCGCCACAAACAACACACGACGGGGCAGAAGAUAUCCAUAUGUCGGAUGCAGCGAUAAACCUCUGCCUUUACAGUCCUGGAUUGAGGUGGACAACUGCUCCAUAGGUGUUGACAGAAGCACGGACCACCCCCCUGCUAACUCUCCUCGCUCACACACGCCCCCAGAGGUUUACCUGGACAGGGGGAGAGACGCAAAGGACCAGCAUGUGCAGCAGUGUGUCCUCACCUCUCCUUGA